AUGCCUCUAACAACGCCGGUUUUGACGGUGGACGCUGAUAAUAUCCACAAAGUGGACACCGCAAAUGCUCAGUCCCUCCAUGGAAUGUGGAUGGUUUUCUCUAAAUGUGCCGACUAUAUGGACCAGGGUCGUCGCCUCGAGAACUUGAGCUGGCGUCUUUGGACUCGCGAAACCUUUUGCGUGGAGCCGGAGAGGUCAAACCUUUCUUCGGCCCUGCCGAAACUACGCUCGGAGACUGCUGAUCUUCCGGAGCUCUCCGCCAGUGUUGAGUCGGCCGCGUCCGACCAAGCCGAACGUAUCGAAGCUCAUAUCAAACGCCCUCAGUUCUCAGACUACCGGCCUGCCGUCGUCCGCGAGGACUCGCUCGCUAGUCUGGGCCGAGGCAAGGAGAAGCACAUCACCUCGCUGGACCUCGAGCGAAUGGUCUUGAAUAUUAAAGAGAAGAAGAACUUGGAACCGUUGGCCCCCAUGGUCGAGCCGGCUGCUCCAGUCGUUCCGGCCUUCCCCCGGCCAUGCCCGCAACCCCAUGAGUCGACCGAAUCCUGCUCGACGACCGCCCCCGAGGGCAAUGACUCCGAUUCGGCUAAUGUUGAUGGCUCUGAUACUAGUGUUUCUUCGUCAGGAGUACUCCCUACAGCGAGUGAAUUGAUGAAGUCCCCCAGUAUUGUUCGAGGAUUCUCGCCAUCCCACAUUUCAUCCUCAUUCCGGUCGCAACCGAGGUUGGCUGUCGAGCCGAGUCCCUCCCGCGCAACUACUCAACUCAAGCCAUCACCUUUGAAGAAGAAGGGGGGCAUGUUUACGCUUGGUGGGUCUUCUGGCGAUGACGAUGAGAGCUCCUUUGAGGACCGCAUGGCUCCCAAGGUCGCCCAGGAGAGCGCUACGGAAGGUGGCUUGAUGAAACCUACCAGCAACCCCAGCCCCUCAAAGAAGGUUGCCUCCUUCAGCGAUCACGUUGCCACAAUCCGCCCCUCGAAGAGUCCUCUAGGUUUAGAUGAGGACGCCAUUGAAACGGAUGAUGAGGUUUCCGAGAGUGCCAUUGAAGAUGAUGAAGAUUCCGACUGGGAGGAUUCCGUCACAGAGAGCGGCAAAUCAAGCGUCGACGAACGGCCAGAGCUGUUCCAACGUGUUGAUUCGCGACCCAACCUGGUCUCGCGGCGUUCUCUUCUCACAAUGAUGAUGCACCAACCGGGUAGAAUGCAAGGAAAUGCUUUCCGGUCCAGUCCUGCACUCCAACGGUCCCGUCUGACAUCACCCAAUGGCCCCUCCAUCCCCGCCUCACCUCCCGAGAAUGACGAAGAAAGCCUGACCAUGCGCGGCCCGGACGUUCCUCGAUCGAAGCCCAUCAUCAUGAAGCCCCCGCCACCACAGUCGGUCGCCCAUUCGCCGCGCACUACCCGUCGCAACAUGCUGGCGACCGAGUUGACCGAGUCUCUCCGCCGACACCUUCUGUGGGAGCGCCAGCAGAAGAGCGCGACCGCCAAUGCUUUCCUCAAGCGACGCCACACCGCCCACGAUAUGAAGAAUCUUCAAGAGUACCCUGGUCCGCGAGGCCCCCAUCGGGCUCCGGGCGCGGGUCCAUCCGCUCCCAACGAUAACCAGACUGGCAAUCUUUCGCGGGAUAAGGACCUGUCGAAGAACGGCUCCUGGACUAACUACGCAACGGAUUACGGUCCAUGGGAGUACCACGUCAAGGGCUGGUAA